AUGUCGAAAGGAAAAGACCUUGAACAUGAGCCGCUAUUACCACGUGGAUCCGAUGUUGCAAGCAGCUCGACAACGACAACAGCAACGACGACUGAAGAGGUCCUUACGGCAGAGGAGAAACUUAUCGAGAAGCGGCUGAUCAGAAAACUCGACCUGAGUCUUUUACUUUGGGGAUUCCUGGCGUAUUGGGCGAAUGGGCUGGAUCGGAACAACAUGCCGAACGCAUAUACAACGGGGAUGAAAGAAGAUUUGGAUUUGCAUAACGCUGCAUAUAAUUGGGCUGUUACCAUGUUCUUCAUUGGCUAUGUUUGCUUACAGAUCCCAUGUAACGCUAUUAUGCCCAAGGUGCGACCACGAAUCAUGAUGCCACUUUCCGUGUGCUUGUGGGGUGCUAUGGUUUCUUUUAUGGCUACCGUAAAGACACAUGCAGGCUUGUUUGGAUUACGCAUUUGCCUAGGAUUUGCAGAAGCUCCGUUCUAUACAGGCAUGAUUUAUCUUCUUGGCAACUGGUAUACACAUCAAGAACUUGGAACGCGCAUCGCUAUCUUUACGGCAGGUCACCAUUUUUCGGGAUCGUUUUCUGGAUUAAUCAGUGGAGCUAUUGCACAAACAUUGGAUGGAGCACAUGGGAUGCGAGGAUGGAAAUGGCUCUUUAUCACCGAAGGUCUGAUAGCCAUUUGUAUUGGCAUUGUUGGGUUCAUGGUGUUGCCUGAUUAUCCACACAAUACCCGUUUCUUGAGCAGCGAGGAGCGUCAUGUCGCAAUCAAGCGUUUGGAAGUUCAAGGCAAAAAGGUGAUAGCCACCGGAUUCAACAUGGCCACGCUACACAAUGUCUGCGCAACGCCCUACAUUUAUCUUUUCAUCAUCAUUUUCAUUUGUCACCACAUUGGGAUCGGUAUCCUACAACAAUUUGCCAUCAUUUUACGUGAGAUGGGAUACGAUGCUUCAUUUGCCAAUUACAUGACCGUGCCCAUUUACAUCGUUGCAGUACCCGUCAUCGUCAUACAAGGCCAUCUAUCGGAUCGUUACGGCAAACGCCAUAUGCACAUCGAGAUUGCUGCCUCCUUUGCUCUCAUCUCUUAUAUCCUACUCGUUGUUGUCAAUCAUGGACAUGUUCCUGUGGCUCUCUUAUUUGUUUGCAUGUACAUGGUUGUGCCAUUACUCGGUACCGUAUCAAUCAUGAUGGCAUGGAAUAACGAAAUCCAUCAAGCGGAUGCAGAAACACGUGCACUCGCUAUUGCUAUUGUUAACACCAUUGGAAGCCUUGCUUCAGAAUUCAUCAAGGUGGCUGCAUGGACAGUGACACAAGCACCCGAGUAUCGUACAGGCAAAAUAGUGUCUAUGUGUACUACUGCAUUGAUGAUUGUGAUAUCGUACGUAACCUAUAAGCUGGAGGAAAAGCGAAUCAUGCUACCAAAAGGCCGCGAUGAUGCAUUGUAA